AGGUCUUCUCUGACAGUCAGAGACAACUGGCAGCUGCUUUUCACAGAGAGAUAGACAGACCCUGAACAGGAAACAGGCCCAGAGCUAUGGCCCAACACGAAGAAGAAGAAGCCGUGACUCUGGAGAAGAUCAACUCCCGGGACCCUCUCACCAAAGAGAUUGAUUUGGUGGAAAGAGACCCCAAGCAGAUCAACCAAGAGGUGGUCAAGGUAGACUUUGAAGAUGUGAUUGCUGAGCCGGAGGGCACCCACAGUUUUGACGGCGUGUGGAAAGCCAGCAAUACCACCUUUACCGUCAGCAAGUACUGGUGCUACCGGAUUCUGUCAGCGGUGCUGGGCGUGCCCCUCGCCUUGCUCUGGGGCUUCCUCUUUGCCUGUGUUUCUUUCUGCCACAUCUGGGGGGCUGUGCCUUGCAUCAAGAGCUACUUCAUAGAGGUGCAGUGCUGUGGACGCUGCUAUGCCCUGUGCAUACGUACCUUCUGCGACCCCCUCUUUGAAGCGGUGGGAAAGGUCUGCAGCGAUGUCCGAGUGGCCCUGCGCAAGGAACGUGCAAAGGACUGAGUCCUCUCCUUUGGAUCAGGACAGGAUUCUGGCUUCAUCUUCCUUCACUUGACCCACUCAGAUAGAAUAGUAACUCAGCUGGAAUCCUGAGUCUCUCAAUCUACUGAUGGAGGUGGAAACAACCUGGCUGAUGGAGUUUUACCUUUAAUUCCCUGUCCCCAAAAAAUUACUCCAUCUCUUUUUGAUUAGCCAGUUGUUAAGGAGGGAAAAAUAAA